AUGGCAUCGAUGAGUGCAACGAAGAAGAAACAAGUGUCCCAGAAUGAAUUGCGUUUAUUAAUGCUCAAGCAAAAACUGCAGACUCAAAGGGUGAAGAAGAAAAUUGAGUCGCCACUAGCAAAAUAUCCUUUUAAUUUUGUAAUCAUAUUUUAUUGUCUGAUGGCUCUCUUAAGCGGUCAAUUGUCAUGCGCUGUAUGUAAAUUGAACAUAAAAGAUGAUUCUUCAUGGAGUGUUCAUAUCUCUUCCAAAGUUCACAAGGAAAACAUUUCCAAACGUAAACCAGAAUCAUCAAGAAUGACUGAAAGAUUAGCAGUGACUACGGAAAGCUUAAAACGAACUCUACCUAAACAAGAAAGUUUCGUUCCACCAAAAAAAUUAAAAGGUAUUUUAAAAAAUUAUAAAGCUCCACCAGAAAAAGUCCCUAGUGAUUUCUUUGAAAGCCCAAUUCCAACCUCAUCAGAUAAUACAAAUGUUAAUCAAGAAACUGAUGAAAAAAUGGAUGUUCAACAAGAGACUCUUGAUGAUUUAAAUCUUGACGGAGGUGAACUCCCAAAAGGAUUUUUUGAUGAUCCAAUGUUGGAUGCUAAGAUUCGAAAAGAGGAAUAUGUCAGCUCAAUAGAUGAAGAAUUUUUAAAAUUUCAAAAAGAAAUUAAAGAAGAGAAUAUGUUAUCUGAACAGAUAAUGGCAGAUAAUGAGGAUGAAACUACUUAUGGGCGACAAGUAGAAGAAAUUGACGAACAAAUCAAACAUUGGUCUAAAGUUAUCGAACUAGAGAAGAAAAGAGAAAAAAUUGCUUUGGCUACUGAAAAUAUGAACAACAUGGAAAUUAAAAAUGAACCAGAUGAAAUUGAAGAAUCUGAUGGUUCUGACAUGGACGAGUUUAUUGAUUGGCGGUCAAAAAAAUAA